GUCUAAUUCCUCCGCCCUAUCGAACACGAACAGGGAAAACCAUUUUGAAGCCUCCUGUUAUUUUUUUGUAUGAUAUUUUGGCUUAAAUAAAUACUCUCAAAGCCUCCUCUUCUCCGAUUCAUUUCAAGCAGCCGAGAGCUCAUCUGCCGCAAGAGAUUCAAUGGCUGGUUUUCUACUCAAUAAGAAAAAGAAAAGUGCUAAGUUGUUAGAUCCUCCUCCAAGGAAGAAGCAAAAAGCAGAAGUUACUUUACAGAAAGAAGCAGAGAAAGAAGACUUGCUCAGUAGUGAUUCAGAUGGCAGUUGUGAACCCGAAGAACUUGAAGAAUCUGAUGUGGAAGAACAAGAUAACACUGAAUCUCUUUCAGAAAUGUCAUCUGAUGAUGACGAUCCUUUUGCCCAUGAUAUACUCCUUGGAAGUGAGGAUGAAGAUGAUAAAGAGGAGGAUGCAGGUGAGGAUGCUAGUGAGGAUGCAGAUUCAGAUUCUGACGAGUCUGAUAUCGAAAGGAGAGCAAGAGCCAUUGAUGAGGAAAGGGUGCAGGAACAAGCAGAUGGAGAAGCUGAGUUACAGCUUAACAUUAGAGAAGAAGCUGAUGAGUUCACUUUACCAACUCCGGAGGAGCUUGAAGAAGAGGCAAAUAGGCCCCCUGAUCUUUCCAACCUUCAGAGAAGGAUCAAAGAGAUCGUGCGUGUUCUUUCGAACUUUAAUGCUUUGAGACAAGAGGGAGCGGCACGCAAGGACUAUAUCGAUCAGCUUAAAAGGGAUUUAGGUUCAUACUAUGGAUACAAUGAGUUUCUGAUUGAAGCUUUAAUUGAGAUGUUUCCAGUUGUUGAACUUAUGGAACUUAUUGAAGCUUUUGAGAAGCCAAGGCCUAUAUGUCUUCGCACAAACACUUUGAAGACUCGUCGGAGAGAUUUGGCUGGUAUUCUAUUGAACAGAGGUGUCAAUCUUGAUCCACUGAGCAAAUGGUCAAAAGUUGGUUUGGUUGUAUAUGAUUCACAAGUUCCAAUUGGGGCCACUCCAGAGUAUAUGGCUGGUCACUACAUGCUUCAAGGUGCAAGCUCCUUUUUGCCUGUGAUGGCCCUUGCUCCUCAAGAAAAAGAAAAAAUUGUUGACAUGGCUUCUCGACUUCUUGCCCUUCUGAUUCAGUGUGUUUGUAGGGCUGCUCCUGGUGGGAAAACUACCUAUAUUGCUGCUCUUAUGAAAAAUACUGGUAUCAUUUAUGCAAAUGAAAUGAAGGAGUCGAGGCUCAAGUCACUCACCGCCAACAUUCACCGGAUGGGCGUAACGAACACCAUAGUUUGUAACUAUGAUGGGAGAGAGCUGCCAAAAAUUUUGGGGAACAACUCAGUUGAUAGGGUUUUACUGGAUGCCCCUUGCAGUGGCACUGGAGUUAUAUCUAAGGAUGAGUCCGUGAAAACCUCAAAAAGUGAACUAGAGAUACAAAACUGUGCCCACCUCCAAAAGCAAUUAAUACUUGCAGCUAUAGAUAGUGUGGACGCAAACUCAAAAUCAGGUGGAUACAUUGUUUACUCUACAUGCUCUAUAAUGGUUGCUGAGGUCCGUAAUUUCUUAUUUAUUCGAUUCAGGGGGCAUCGUUUUCAUACAUCCCUAGAUAAGACAAGGCGCUUUUAUCCCCAUGUCCACAACAUGGAUGGGUUUUUCGUCGCUAAGCUGAAGAAAAUAAGUAAUCGGAAGCCAUCUGCGCAGCAGCCUGAAAAUAUGGGUGAAGUUGAAUUUGAAGAAAAAAAUGAACAGAACCGUGUUGAAGAAGAUAGUGAAAUACGUCAGAAGAGAAAAAACGCUGAAGCAAAAGAGAACAAGAAAAGCAGCAAUGGGCAAAGAGAACAAAAUAAGGCACCCGAGAAUAAGAAACGAGAGAAAAAGAAACCACCAUCCAGAGAGGAAAUUGCAAAAAUCAGAGAAGAUAAGAGGGAAGCUUUGAGGGAAGCAAAGAGGAAAGCUAAGGCAGAAGGCAGAAAAGAAGUGAAGAAAAUAUCACAGGCAUUAUAUGGUUAAACCGUGUGCAAUUUAUAGAUUAGAUUUAGCUGUUGGAGAUCUAGAGCAUGUCUUACAAUUUUAUGAUACUCUUCCUACAAACUUUUGUCCAAGUUUGCAAAUACUGGCCUAUUGUGUGCCACAAAAAUUUUGUAUUACCAGAUAUUUAAAAAAGUACUAUUAUUAUUACAUAGUGUAAAAGUAAAUUGGCGCUCCCAUACAAACACACAAUACUAAUAUUCCAC